AUGUACGCCGCUCAGAAUAUAACGCCAACAGUUUUGGAUGCCAUGAAUGGAAAUGUUUCCGAAUGGUAUAACGAAUGCGACAAUGCCAUUAGAAGGUCAGAAAUAGUUCCUGGAACUUACGAAUAUACAACUGCUGUUUCUUAUGGAAACGUAGGUGAGUUUGGAGAAGGUUCUUCAACAACAGUAGAUAUUGCUUGCGACAGGUUUCAUAUUAUUUCUAUUGACAACUCUUUCUUAUACGUGGAACAAGACAUUGAAAUAAAACCUUCUGCCAAGUUGUCUGACAAGAAAGGUUGCAAUGGAAUUUUCUAUGUCGGAUACCAAUAUGCUCCAGAAGUUUUUAUGGGAUAUAAGAUAUAUUCUAACUCUGACUUAGUUCAAACAGUAACAUGGGCAAACUAUGAAUGGUUCGCUUUGAGAAACUCAGUACAACCACAAGCUAGAGAACAAACAGACCA